AUGAAUGUGGACCAAAGGGGCAUUUUAAAUCAGAAGCUGUUCUCUUACAAACUUCAAAUGCCUGGCUCGAAGGUCAUUCAAACGGGGGAGCAAAGGUCAGAGAGUGAGAAAAACCGGUUUGUGCCUUUGAACGGUGACUUAAUGGUUCGAAAAUCAAAAGUGGCAUUAUCGAGCAGCGAUGGCUCCUGCUCCUCACCGUCGCUUAACCUCUGCUGCCAGCUCUUGUUCUGUGGCCUCAAAGACCUGUCGGUUCUGAUAACUGAAAUCCAGGACCAUGGGCAUCUGGUUGCCCAAAAUCUAAAUGACACCGGCCCCCCGAGUCACUGGCCUAACACUGCCUGUUUUUCAGAGGUGGCGUAUUCCCAAAGCACUGGCCAGAAGGAGCAGCAGAGCCGCUGCCUGCAGCGAGGGAUCAGGCGGGUCCGGGAUCUCUGUAAAGUCCUCCAGCUCCCGACGGUGUUUGAGGAAACGGCAGUGUCGUACUUCCAGAGAGCUCUGCAGCACCCCUCCUUCCACCUGGUCAGUCUGGAGAAGAAGGAGCUCCUGGGGGGCUGCUGUGUCUUCGUGACUUGUCGACAGCACAACUGGCCGCUGACGAUGGGGACUAUCUGCUCCCUCCUUUACGCCAAGCAGGAGCUGUUUGCCAGUGUCUACCUGAGCCUUCAGAAAGAGCUCGGGCUCUCUGUGCCGGCCCUGAGCCUGGGGGAUCUGGUGAAGACGCACCUGAACAGUUUUCGGCUGUUCCAGCAUGCGGCUGACAUCCCUGCCCCCUUUGUGGAGGACAAGGAGAAGAUGGUCACCCGAACGAUGCAGAUCGUGGAGCUGGCCAGCGAGACGUGGCUGGUCACCGGCCGUCACCCUGUUCCCAUCGUCACGGCCGCGGCCUUCCUGUCGUGGCAGUCGCUGCAGCUGAAAAACGCCUUCUGCCUGGAGGACGGGGAGGAGCAGCGUGCCACCACCCCAGGUGAGGGCUCCCCUGGCUCUCCUCCGGUGGCAGGAGGGGCAGCGCAGGAGGAGGGCUCUCCCUCGGAAGGGAAACGGCAGCGUGAGGGUGGCCCGAGGCCCUUGCUGCCACCCUGCCUCAUCAAUCCGAGGAAGAGACUGCGGACGGCAGCCCCGAGCGCUUUGGACUCUGCCAUCACUGGUGACGAGCCCAUCUCCGACAGCGAAAUUGAGCAGUACCUGCGGGGCCCCGAGGAGAUCCGGGCCUUCAGGAAGGCCAAGGCCUGGCCGUGAAGGUGCUGACCCCCAGCCAGUGGAUGGGGGGGGGACGCCGGGGCAGCAGGGACUGCAGGACCAAAACCUGACAGUGGUGGAGCCAUCACACGUUGCCCAAGGGAGUGAGGUUGUGGGGAGGGAGUGGGUGAUGUCCUCUUUCCUGUUCUAGACCAAAAUGGGGCUUUUUCUGGAGUGACUGCUUUGGGCUGUGUUACGUUUCUGGGAGCAGCUUUGGACUGUGUGUGCGCGGUGCUGCCGGCCGCUCACGGCCGCGUGUGGCUCUCUCAGCGAAAUAACUGCCCUCUCCGUGCCUGGCAGGCUGUUGUAUUUGAAGGGGAAGUCUGCGAGAAAUAAAUGACAGUAGAUUUCGGCAGAUUGGCAAAUCUUUAAUAUAUUAAACAAAACAUAUCUGCUAGAAAACAUUCUAUUUAUAUAAAAAUGCAAAAAAGACCCCUUUAGAGACAUUUCUUUGGCAUACUUUCUCCUCCCUCCCCCACGUAUAUUGCAAGAAGCUCUCUGUUGAUAUGUCAUUUGCUUGUAAU